AUGAAGCUCGAUUCAAUACUCAAAGAUUUGAAGGAUUCCAAUUAUCUCGGUGAGAUUAACGCUGUUGUUUAUACGGUAGAAUUCCAGAAGCGUGGUCUUCCUCAUGCACAUAUAUGCUUAUUUAUGAAGGUCGAUCACAAACUUCCUACUGUAGAUCACAUAGAUCCAUUUAUAUCGGCUGAGAUUCCAGAUAAAAAUGAAGAUCCGGAACUUUAUUCCUUGGUAAGUGAUUAUAUGAUUCACGGUCCAUGUGGAAAUGCUAAUUUGAAUUGUCCUUGCAUGGUUGAUAAAAGAUGUUCAAAAAAUUUUCCAAAGAAAUUUUCACCACAUACAACUGUUGAUUCAAGUGGUUUCCCUGUAUACCGAAGACGAGAUUCCGGCCACACAGUUAUAAAAUCUGGUGUUAGUUUGGACAACAGAAGCGUUGUUCCAUAUAACAAAAGGCUUCUAAAAAGAUAUCAAGCACACAUCAAUGUAGAAUGGUGUAAUCAAUCCGGUUCAGUUAAAUAUUUGUUCAAGUACAUUAAUAAAGGCCCUGAUAUGGCUACUGCGGUUGUUUCUGGUGUUUCAAAUCCAAGGAUUAAGGAUAAGCCAAGAGAUGAGAUUGAGGAAUAUUAUGAUUGUAGAUAUAUUUCAGCUUGUGAGGCAUCAUGGAGAAUAUUCUCAAACGAGGUUCAUUAUAGGUAUCCUGCAGUUAUGAGGCUUCCCUUUCAUAUGCCGGGUCAACAGAAUGUUGUUUAUGGUGCGGAUGACGAUAUUGAUAAUGUGUUAAACAAGCCUUCAGUUGCUUCUUCAAUAUUUGUUGAAUGGAUGAAAUUAAACGAGUCAAAUGAAGAUGCUAGAAAGUUGACUUAUGUCGAGUUUCCAUCCAAAUUUGUUUGGAAACUUCAAGAUAGAUGUUGGCAGGUACGUAAGACGUACCAAACUGUUGGCCGUAUACAUUCUGUGUCUCCUGCAUUAGGCGAACCUUAUUUUUUGAGGAUACUUCUGAAUAAAGUUAGAGGUCCCAGAUCCUUCGAGGAAAUACGUACUGUUAACGGUCAGUUAUUCCUGACUUUUAGAGAUGCUUGCUACGCAAUGGGGCUCUUAGAUGAUGACAAUGAAUACGUUGAGGCCAUUAAAGAAGCAAGUUUCGAAGGACAUGCUGGGUAUCUCCGAGCGUUAUUUGCUACCUUGCUGUUGUCAAAUACACUUUCACGUCCAGAGUUUGUGUGGGAGAACAUGUGGAAAUACUUAGCCAGAUGA